CAAUCAAAGCACGGAUCUCAAUCCGGACAACAAUUAACCGUAUUGCAUAAAGCUACUUGACGUCCGCCUGGUUUUUUUUCCUUCUUCCGGAUAAAACCAGCUUCGGGCUUUCUUCCUUAUCUUUCUCAUACCAUUUUUUUGCGAAGGAGAUUCUUUUCUCUCUCAAACACUCUUCCAUCUUUCUCUCUAUAGAAAACGACUCUCUCCUCGAUUGUGGCGCUUUUAAUUCUGAUUUUUUUUGGUAAUCGAAUCUGGUUUCGUAAUAAUAAAAAUUUUGAAAGAAUCUGAUUUUUUUAAAAGUUUUUUUUAUUAUUUUAUUUGAAUUCAACGAUGGCUGAUUCUAGAGACCGAGAAUUUGUUGACGAUCAUGUGGAUCGAAGUGAGGAUGAAUUGAUCGAUUCAUCGGAUGAAUCGUUGUCAAUCAACGGCGUUGUUGAGGCUUCUGGCUUUGGAUCUGGAACAAGACAAAGUAGUGAGAUGAGGGACGAAAUCGGACUUGCGGAACGAUUAACCGACAUAUUCGUAGAGGAAAACGACGGAGAUUUGUUGCUUCAACAGACCGAUCGAGAAGAUAGGGUUCUGCAAUGGUUACAAGCUUUAGAUAUGCAAGUAAUCGGCGCUUGUCGAACCGAUGAAAGGUUAAAGCCUUUGUUGAAAGUCAACGUUUCAAACGGCGUCGCUGAGGAUCGGUUGUUAGCUCAUUUGAGUAAGCACUUUGAGCCAUCGGAAGUUGGUAUGCUGGCGAGGUGUUUUUGCAUACCAUUGGUUUCUAUUCGAGUUGGGAAGAUCAACAAACAAGGGACUCAUUUUCACCCUACUGCUGUAAGGGGAAAUUUGAGUCUUACACUCUUGCCAGCGUCGGACUUGCGCCUUUCAUUCGUUGGGGAUGACGGUCAAAUAGAGAGACUUUUUACCUUCAGUGGCAAACCUCAGUGUGCUGCUGUUUCCAUUAAUGAGAUCCCAGCCGACAAUUCUGGACGAUCUUUCCUUGUGAAGAUCCCUGAUGGCAAAGUUUUUUACUAUUGGUGCUCUGAGAAGUCAGAGCUCUUAGGGGUUGAAUUGCUCUCAAAGCUGAAGGAUUUAAUCAAAAGAAAGCCAUCUAUUGCUGAAUUAACUGGAAUCAGCGAGUCACGACUAGGCUGCUUUGCAACUCAGCUCCGUGCCUAUCUUGUCGGAACAACAGUGAGUAAUACACGAGCAACUUGUUCAGGUUCACCCUCACCCAAUACGGUUCUUGAAAUGAGCAAUGUGCACAAUGGACAAUCUUCAUUGACAUCAAAAUCUUUGCGAUCCCGGCACUCUAGCAAUCAGGUACUCAAGGUGAAUGCACUUUAUCAAGGUAGCUUAAGUCCAAGAUCAAGUUCUUUCAAAGAAUGUUUGACCCGAAAUUUGUCUUCCUUGAGGAGCACUGCCAGAGAUAAGUUACGAAGGCGUGCUGAUAACCAUCUUUCAUUAAAUGAGAGCCUUACAAUUGCUUCACCUAUUACAAAUGAUUCAUCUAAUUGCAACCAAGGUGAAAAUGACAAAAUCCCAGAUGUCAAGAGUUGUCCAUUCGCGCCAAACUUCCUGGAAUCUCUUGGAAAACUUGCCAUUCCACCAACUUUAAGCUCUGUAUCUCAAGUUUCCUCCCUGGGACCACCUAUCUUUUCUCCCUAUUAUUGUUGGUGUCCUCCAGGAUCAUCAACUCUGCAACAUUCAGUUGCUUCUGAACUGUCAACUGCAUCAAUUGAAUCUCUUAAGCUCCCUCCACUUUCUUCAAUAUUGCCAGCGAAUGGUGCCUCUAGCAUGUUGAAACCAACAGCGCCUCUAGAUCUGGCUGAUGUUCCUUCGCUGGAUUUUCCGGCUUUCCUCCCAGAACCGUUGGUCAGAUUUCCAAUGGCAAGUUCACAGCAAAUCCCAACCUUCACGCCUUUGAUUUGCGAUCCCAUUGUUCAUAUUCCAGUCAUUGAUGUUUGCUCUUCAGGACAAGGUUACUUAGUUAGUGCUGGUCCAACUAUUUCAACAACAAUUCCUCCAUUGCAUCCAAAACUCGUGAACCCGUUAUUACCUGAUUCUGAUGCCAUGGUGGAAAAGGGUGCUAGAGAAACCCUUCGGCUACUCAUCAGUGGUUCAACACAGAGCAACCCUCCAUUGAUUGAUGUAUUGCCAGCAGUUCUGACUACCGCAGAUGACAAAAAAGGUAUCCUUGUGGCCGGAAACAGGGGUCUGUACAGUGGAGCCAGAGACGUUAGUGCUAUAGCCGAUGGCAUUGCUGCCAUGAGUUUGGUUACACUUUCUUCCAACUCCAUGGUAGACAGUUUUGUAAAACAAUGCAGCAGCAGCAGCAGCUGUGACGAUCCUGAUGCGAAGCAGGUGGGAUGUAGCGAUUUGGGUGGAUCUUGUUCAAACAGUGAUGGUGCUAAACUUUCAGAGUCGAGAGAAGCAGAAACUAGUGAUUAAAUAAAUACUUGUUUUUUCUUCCUCUGUAGAUUUUUUUGUUCCUUGAAAUGAAAAUUGUAGAUGAUGUGUCUGCAGUUUUGUUAUAUUUGAUUGCAAAAAAAAAAAAAAAAAAUUGUAAUUAGUCCCAAUCUCUACCCAUUUGGGGGGAUUUGUUGUCUUGUAUUAUUCCUUUUGAUAUUAGUGUUAUUUUUGGCCUUUGGUUAGAAUGUGAAUGGGUUUAUCCACAUUUUCCACCUACUUUUUUAUAUCUCUUUACGGAGCACUGCU